CCUUUUCCUCACGUAAAAUUUAAUCCAGCUCCAGACCCAGCCUGAGGGGUCCACGUGAUCACCAAACCUGUCUCUGUCCGCCCAGGUUUUCCCCAAGAGCCACAUUCUCAGCGCGCUCAAGACCAUCUUCGAGAAGAACGUGCUGGGCUUCGCGGGCGGCGCCAUGGGGGCCGUGAACGGCAUGAGGCCCGACGGCGUGCCCGACACCUCCAGCGUGCAGUCCAACGAGGUCUGGGUCGGCGUGGUCUACUCCCUGGCUGCCACCAUGAUCCAGGAGGGCAUGGUGGAGGAAGGCUUCCGUACGGCGGAGGGCUGCUACCGCACGGUGUGGGAGCGGCUGGGCAUGGCUUUCCAGACUCCGGAGGCCUAUCGGGAGAAGAAGGUGUACCGCUCGCUGGCCUACAUGCGGCCCCUCAGCAUCUGGAGCAUGCAGCUGGCCCUGGAGCGCCGCGCUGGCCGGGCACCGGCACCCGCACAGCUCCCCCAGGGCAGCACUCACCCUUGAGCCUCGUGGCGCUGGGCAGGGCACCGGGUGCACCACGGGCUGGGGGGGCAGAUGGCAGGCAGGGACCCUCCCCUCCCUCGCUGUGCUAGUACUCACAUUGCUGUUUUCCUUCCCUACCUCCACUACGUGCCCUUGACCUCAGGGGGCUUCCAGCUGCUGAUGCUGAGCACAAGGGGGGGGACCGGAGGUGUGGGGGAUGUCUCCUCAGAGCAUGGUGGCUUAAGGAGUUGCUGCUGGAGCCUGUGCCUCCCCUUCCCCAUCACUCAGGGCUCUGACAGCCUGCAGGCUGCCCAGCCAUCCCAAACUGCAGCUGGCACCUUGCCCAGGGGCGCAGGAGACCUCUGUCCUGCAGUCCCUGGGCUGGGGGAGGUGGGCAGCUGUCCUGCAGGGAAAGAAGAGGCUGUGGGGGAAUGUGUGUGUGAGGAUACUGGAGCGGUGCUCUGGGGCACACGGGUGCUGUAGUUGUCCUGGGCUGGCACUGCCCAUAGGGACUGGCUGUGCCCCAGGAGGGCCUGUGGCAGGCACAAUCCCCAGGGGAGACCCGGCUCCCUGCACAGUGACAAUCUGAGCCCAAGAAGCAGGUCCUGGUCUGGUACCAUGGCCCCUCCCUGCUGGCGCCGGGGGCAGGCAGUGGAGCACAUUCAAGGGGAUAAAUCACUUCAAUUCUUAAUAAAUCUGUCCAGCUGUCUA